AUGCCUCAAAAGGAUUAUGAAGCUAUUUCCCAUGCAAAGCGGCUGCAAAGAGGUGGGAACAUUCCCAGGGAGUGGACUUUUGACCCAAAGAUUCAUCAAGGCAUCGAUCUUUUGGAUGUGCCAAUCACCUGUGGCCUGUUGACUGAUGCCGAGAUUGAUAUCACGUCCAAAUUUGACGCAACAAGCCUUUUGAAGGGUCUUAAAGCUGGUAUUUGGUCUGUUGAACAAGUGACUACAGCUUUCUGCAAACGAGCGGCUAUUGCCCAGCAGCUAGUAAACUGUCUGACCGAAAUAUUCUUCAACGAAGCCAUUGAACGUGCUCGCCGGCUUGAUAAACAACGAUAUGCCUGUACGGACGUCAAAGCACUUCCACCUCUCUUCGGUCUGCCAGUGUCACUCAAGGAUAUUUUUGCGGUCAAGGGGCAUGAUACAUCGACUGGUUUAGCCUGCUAUGUCAAUGAGCCAGCAGAGGAGCACAGUGCCAUAGCCGCCAUGCUACUUGAUCUUGGCGCCAUCCUUUACUGCAAGACAAACGUUCCGCAGUCGGUCAUGACCGGAGACAGCCACAACAAUGUCUUUGGCAGGACUCUCAAUCCGCGGAAUGUAUCUUUCACGGCGGGUGGUAGCACAGGUGGUGAGGGUGCACUGCUUGCCCUUAGAGGAAGUGUCCUCGGGGUCGGUACUGAUAUAGCUGGAAGCAUCCGUGUCCCGUCCGUCUGUAACGGAACAUAUGGAAUGAGGCCGAGUGUAGGCCUUGCUCCCCACAAUGGUACGCGAGAACUCACAGUACCGGGCACGGAUGGGAUACGAUCGACCGUUGGCCCGAUGGCAACCACGCUUCGGGACUGCGCCCUCUUUCUUAAAACCAUCAUGAAGGCUGGAACCUGGCGAUACGAUACCAGCGUCAUAUCGUUGCCAUGGAGAGAUGCCAAGCCUAAGAUGAGGCUGCGUAUUGGUCUAGUCGAAGAUGAUGGUGUUUACACUCCAGUUCCACCUGUGAGGAGGGUUAUGAAGAAGGCCGCCGCUCUGCUUCGAACGAGUGAAAAUGUUGAAAUAGUCCCCUUGGCUCUACCGAAUGUAAAAACUUAUUAUGCGGAUCUUCUAAGCUAUUUUACUCUCUCAGGGAGUGAGCACUACCUUGAGCAGUUUGGCAGAACGGGAGAGCCGGUAGUGCCAUCGUUGGCAGCGCUUGGCCUGCUGUCGAAACCGGCGGCAACCCUCAAGAGCUUCUUCGAUUUGAACGUUCGCCGAGCAGAAGCUGCAAGGACAUAUCUUCGACUUUUUCUCGAUAACAGCCUGGAUGCGAUCCUCAUGCCUGCAGCGCCGCAUACUGCUCUACCCUGGGAUACUUGGACCAACGCGACGUACACGGCGUUGUGGAACUACCUUGACUACCCGGCGGUUGUAAUCCCUAUGGAUGUUGUGACAGAUUCAGACUCAAUGGACGACCCCAACAACGCAAAAUAUGGACCGAGCGAUAUGGAACUUUAUAGACAGUACACGGGACCUGAGCACUACAAGGGCCUUCCGAUCGCGGUUCAAGUAAUUGGCUACCGACACCAAGACGAGGAACUGAUUGCAGCGGCGGAAAUCCUGGACUCAAUCAUCAAUGGCAAGUCGUAG